AUGGCUGAUGAUCAUUUUGACUCAACUGUGUAUCUGCCCACAAAUCAGUCUAUCGAUGACAAGUUUAGUGAGAAGCUACAGCACCUUGGACACGGCGGCCUCGGCGACUGCGAAAAUACCGACGAUUCAAGCCGGUCCGUUGAUCGGGGUCUGUCCGAUACCCAAGGCAAGCUCGCUGCUCACAACAGAAGUCGUGAGGCCGAAUCGACAGCUGCAAUCUGCUGCGGCGCACAGGUCUUCGAAGAAGCGGUUGACAUCAUGCCAGCUGAGGAACACUCGCAAGCGAACGAAGAAGCCUUGUCUGUGCCAGAGCAGUGCGUCCUCCAGGCAGUCGAAGGGGCGGUCUCAACAACAGCUGCUACCAAGCUGCCUUCCAUGCAUCAGAGGAGUGUCAAUGGAUAUGGCAGACCUUACUAUGAAUCGGAGGUGAGAGGCGAAGAGGGCUUCCGAACGAAUAGUGGCUGGACUGCAAUCAACUUCCGUGGCCCGCUAAAACUGCGAUGA